UGCAAAGUAUCAAAAUAUUUAUGUAAUCCGUAAUCAUUUUUCUCAUAAAGAUUCGAAGUUCGAAAGAAUGAUCAUUUGGCUGAAAAUCCUCCCAAUAGAGAUUAUAAAUUAUUCUAUAUUGGUUAUCAACACUGUCACUUGUUUAUUUAAUUUUUUAUUCAAUAUUUAAUUUAAGACAGAAAUUAUGAAAGUUAAAAAGAGAAACUACGAUGCAUUAUAAAGUGUAUGAAACAAGGAGAGAUUCAGCAUAUCAAGUUCUCGACGCGAAAUAUAUUCGCGUUUCAUAGUUAGGUUUCAUAUUUAGAAAGAGACACUGUCAAACUGCGCACACCAUGUAUUCUUUCCACCAUGAUGUACACUACUCAGAUAUCAGAAACAACUAGAUCUAAGUAAUCUGGUGAUAAACCGAUGAAAACUAGUGAAAAUUAUCUCGUUCAAUGAACAUCGACCUUUAAAUUGAUAACGCCAUAGAAGACCCGCGAAAAAAGACUUAUAUUUACAUUGGUCACGUCACAGAUUUAAAAUUUCGCGAAACGGUUUCUUGUUCAUAUGUGACAGCUGGUGACAAUAGUGUUGAAAAUUGGGAAUUGCGGUGAAAGCCAGAUCGGAUUCGUCCAAAUUUCAAAGAGAGUAAUCAGCGAUUUUACACAUCGAGAAAUGGUCGAUGUGCAGGCAAAAAUUGAAACUUGGACGGAAUUGAUACAGUCAGAGAAAUUGAAAGAUGUAUUGAAGGAUAUAGAGAUAAAUAUUCACGUGCGACCAGAUAACAAAUUAAACGAUGACAUAUUCAGAUUAUUGUUAUACUUAUGUCGCACAGCAGACAAAUGUAAUGGUCAGAAUUGUGAGACUGGGAAAGAUAUUGCCAAAUUAGCUAAAUUAUUAUGCUCAUUGUUGAUCAAGGUACCUGAUAGCAACAACUUUGUUAAGGCUGUAUUUAAGAUAACUCGUUGUCUAAUUUCCUUCAAUCUGUAUGAAGAAGCAGCAGAAAUUUGUUGUUAUCUACAACCUGGAGAUUUGUACCAUCCCCAAGACAGCACUAUGGAGCUUCUGAUAAAAGUAGUAUCUUUGUGGCGUGUUUCAAUCAACAAUGUAUAUAAUACUUUUACAAGUGAGUCCUUAAACAUGGAAAAUUAUAGCAAGCUAAAAAGUAUAAUAAAGCAUGAAAUGAAAAUGACACAAAUCGCAUAUAAAAAUUACACAAGAUACUUGAUUGAGGGAAUAUGUGUAAAUUUAAAUAGACUUGUAGUGAUUGACAAAGACAAGAAAUAUCUUGAUGAUUUUUGUAAAUAUACAUUAGAAUAUUUAUCAAAAACACAUUUGUAUCUAGACAAAGAUGAAAAAUAUAUAAUAUAUCGUCAUGUACUUGGUAUUGUAUGUCAUAUGACAUGUAGGACUAUUGAUACAACUGGUAUUGACUCUGCGGUAAAAAUAUUGGAUGAGUUAUCUAGUUAUUUCAACAAUCUUCUGGCUGAAGAUAAGGAAUGUUAUCAAUGCUUUCAACAAUUUCAAAAUUUAUGCAUGGCACUUUUGGUGCCAAUGGAAAAUUUUGUUAAUGAUAAUGCCAAAAGUAUACAAAAUAUUAUUUAUUGUAAUUUAAAUAUUAUAAAGAAAUAUGGAUAUGCAGGUCUCAAAUGGAAUGCUCUCACUACUGCAGAACUAGUCGAGCCCAUAUUCACAUAUUGGGAAACAUGUGUAGAUAAACACACGUUCGGGCGUUUACUUGAUACUGGCAUUUUGCUAGAAUUAAUGAACUUAUUCUUGCAUAUAAACACAGAUGAUUUUUAUAGCAAGCAAGUGACGAUCAAAUGCAAAUGGUGCCUUGGCAAAAUGUGCACAAUCAAGAGGGAUUUAUAUAACGCUGUAGCGAUGAUGUGCAGAUGCGUUAAUUUAGUAUGUAAAUUUCCUGUUGACACUUUGUCAGCAGAAAUAUAUGCUGUUACCAGGAAAAUCUUGAAGCAAUGCGUUAAAUUAAUUACUUCUGAAAUGAAAGAAUGCGAAUGCAAACGUUGGACACAAUCGUGGAGUACUUGUCGUAAUUUAAUUUAUAAUGUAGGCAUAUUAUCCGAACACGUUUAUGAGGAAAGCAUACGUCUAUUCUCCUUUUUGUGUUCAUGCAUCUUUCAAUUCGAAAGAAUUGACUUGAAUUCUCUACAUGUGAAAAGCUUUCAGAACUCUGAAAAUAUUAUUUCUUUGGUAUUGUACAGAUUAAGCAUUGUGUAUUAUAAUAAUAGUAUGUACAGAAAAGCCAUGACUGUAUGUGCAUUGAAUGCCUUGUUAACUUGUAAUCAGACGAGCACAAAAGCUUUUUAUAUGUGGACAAAAAUUAAGAAAAACGCUUCUGAAGAAAUCGCAAACUUAACUAUACUGGAUUGCUUGAGAAGUGACAAAGAUGAGAUUAGGAACGAGCUGGGAUUUUCAAUCGAUAUUUCGAAAUGCGAUCCUAACGAGUUGUACUCACGUGAAGCAAGAAGUUUACUGGAAGAGAGGAUCACAUUUACAAAUGGUGUGUCAGUAGUUUUAAAAAAACUUAAAGAGUCACAGUCAAACAAUCAUUACGCGCACAUACUGCAGUUAUUAGGACAUUAUUUAUUAGAUUUCAAACAUGACAGUUCUAUUUUAAAAUAUUACGAAGAAGCUAUAGUUGAUUUGAAGCAAGACAAGUCAGAUUCUGUGGCUGUUCUGUGCUUGGAAGCUAAUUUCAACUUUUUUAAGUUUGUGGAUGCAUUGCAUACAAUGAAUAAGCAAACUCAUAUGGAAAUGGAAAAUACAAAGUUUGCUCUGUACGCUCCCAAGCUACCAGAACUUACUGAAACCAAAUCUCCAAAUGUAGUUCCUGCUUAUACGAUGAUAAAUAUUAAAAUAGACACCACUCUUAAAUCAAGUUUACAAGAAUGUUUGAGCAAAUGGAAACAACUAUUUAAAAGCCAUUUUAAAGAAAUUGUUAUGAAUUGGGAACCUAAUCUUAUACUUCGCUUGCUAAUAACAGCUGGUGAAUAUUCUCGAUUGUAUCGAUAUGAAGAUUGCGAAGCUGAAGCAUGGACGUUGGCAUAUAAGUUAGCAUUAGAAAUUAAUGAUUAUACCGUUAUAUACAUUACAGGUCGUUGUAUCUCCUUGAGACUAAUUAAUUACGAUUGGAUUGUUAUUGCUAAAGAACAUGCUAUGAAACACAAAGAUUCUGAAGAUGAAAAUAUAAUUGGUGCUAUUGCUAUCUUUUGGAUGAGCUUAGCAGAUCUCUAUUUUGAAUGUGGAAAGUAUGAUGAUGCUAAGCAUUUAUUGACCAAAGCUAGAAAUCUUUCAGGAAUUUCAUUGCUUGAGAAUAAACCUGUCUACUUGCUAAGUUUAGAUAUUAUCGUACGCAACAGCAUCUUUUAUAAAGAUAAUAUGCAACAUGAAGAUUAUGGUUCAUACAUCGUGGAAAGUCUACUUGUAAUGAGAAGUUUAAAUCAAGAUUUGUUUACGACAAAAUGGAAAAGCCAAGCGGAAUAUCUUUUCAGUUUCGAUGUAAUUUUCACUAUGGCAAUUAAUUUGUCCAUAAGAAUAAAUAGCCUAUUAUCUUUUCGAGGUAUUAGCCCGGAUUUAGUGCGACUUUUGAAAUCAGCGCAAAGUUUAGGUGCAGUGCUGCGUACCGCUGAAUUAUUGAAAUCGUUAUGUUAUAUCGAUCUGUCACGUUCGCAAUUGGACGAUUGCGAAGUGAAACUGCAAGGCCUCGAGCAUAUGUUGAACAUUGAAGCAUUUCAGUUGCCAGUGAAGUCUAAACCCGUCGAAAUAUCAACCAUUCAUUUCGCAGUGACACCCACGAAAGUCGUGGAUCCUGUCAGAGAUGCUUCCCAGUACGCUUCUCCGGUUCUCGACAAGAAAGUCUUUGACCCGCCGAAAUUCACGUUGCACGCAGAUUGCGAUUGCUACAAGUGUGGUAACGUUUCGUAUCAGUAUCUGGUGUUCGCUACCACUUAUAUCAGAGCGCAACUGUACGCUUUGCAGAAUCACACUGUGGCAGCGCUCGAUCAUUUCCACGGCGCUUUUGAAAUAAGGCGAAGAUUGUUCAAGGAAGAGAAGGCGGUUCUGCCAGAUAACUGGCCGCACGAUGAAAUCGGUGUGAAGCAGUUCUCCUGGCAGAUACGAUGCUACAUCACAGAUUAUAUACUGUUAUUGAUUGAUUUUUCUUACUUUCUGAAAGCAAAAAUAAUGUCAAAGCAAGAGAACGUAAUUGAUAUCACCAAUUUAGCGAUCAAUAUAUGCUGCAAAUAUAAAUUAGAGGGACAUCCAGUCUAUGUGAUGGCUAAGGAAUUGGCGCUCGAUAAUGAAUUCCAGCCGAUAUUGGAAUCCUCGGAGUCUUUAACGUUUAUGGUUCCACAAUCCUAUGACAUUGAUACAAAUGACUGUGCGACAAUCCCAAAUGAUCCGAAUGUUUGUGUCACGCCCUCCGUUCAGAAUCGUCGUCCCAAGAAACCUCUCUCGAUUCGACGUAGAAGAAGCCCAAAAGCCUUGAAGAUAACUAAAAUUAAUAUGAUUUGGAGUGAUGACGAAGAUGAUGACAAUACAUCACCACCGCCAGCCACAUAUUCAAAUAAAAAGCUAAAAUCGCGUACGAAUUUAAUUAGAAGAAAAAUUUUGGAAGAAGAUCUAACAGAUGAUCCAGUUAAUUUAAAUACGGAGGAGGACUCUAUGUCGAAAGAAAUAAAGUCGGAAAAUUUGAAUGAAGAUGAAAACAAUACGCACAGGAAAUCGAUAAAGGAUAUUAUGAUUAAAGUGGUAUCUUUAGUUCCAGAUAUAUCUCAGAAUUUGAUGAAUUUAAUAGACAAAUCAGAUGUACCUGUUACGACGGAAAAUAUUGAUAAAUUAAUAGAAAAAGUAGAAAGUCUCAAAAUUAAUUCAAAAACAACACAGAGAAAAAGAAGCGUUAGAGAUACGAAGCAACUAACAGUUACUGAUUAUAAUGCAAAUAUAAAUCAGGCCAUAGAAUUAUUGAAAAAUAUGACGAUAGAGGAAAAACCAACGGAAUGUAUCGAUUCUCUUACGCCAACAAAAACUGAGAAGAUUAAUAAAUUAAACGAUCAAAAGACUCCAGAGACGCGUAACGAAAAAAAAUUUUUUAAAAGUAAAACGCCAAAAGAAAGUAUUGAUAAGGCGGGACCAUCGUUAAUGAACGAACAUAAAAAUGCACGAAAUAAAUGCCCAAAGUUAUUUAUAAAUAAUGAAGAAUACGGUAGAAGAACAAGAUCCAAUCUCAAAAGAUCUCAAAAAGAAAAACCGUCGUGAAGGCACCUGUGUGUGAAAGUGUGAAAAUUAUGCAUUCUUCACAGUUCUAAAAAACGACGAAGGACUAUCGCGUAAUGCGAAUGAAAUAAUUAUUUUUAAUAAAAGUCAAAGAUAUUUUAUAAAUAAUCCGAGAUACAUUUUAUUAUAUUUAAUAAAAAAUCGUAACCUAUAUCUUUACUUAUCCUCUAAAUUAUUUUGAACGAAAAUUAACUUUGGGAAUUUUAAUUCAUUCUUUUUAUUAUACUUUAUAAACAGUCAUUGAUUUUAUUCCAAUUAAAUAUUUUAUAAGUAAACGCAAUUCAAUGUUCUUGACGCUAUUUUAUUCUUUCAUUCACGUAUUUAUUGUUGUUCUUAAAAUAAGUAUCACACAAGUAUCUAUCAUAGUAUAAUAACAAUAUAAACUGUGGAACAGCAAAAAAAUAAGCAUGUAAAUACGUGCAUACAUGCGUGUUACAUAAUUCCGCGGUUUUGCUAACAAAACAAAACAAACUUAAUUACAAUAUUCUUUUAAAUCGAUCUGAUGUAUGGAAAAUGAUUAUUAUGCAAUAAAAGUACGUAAUAAGAUUCGCUUUAUAA